UGACUUUAAGAUAUAAUAUUUUCCUUAAACAACAUAAAUUUAUUGAAUCUUUUUAAAGCUGAAAUGUAUUUUCAGUUUGUAACAGGUAAAUUUUGUUUUUAAAAGUACUGCUGCUCAGUGGCUGUGUUAAUUCAUGACAAUCUGGCACAUCUUAAAGGACUGAGAAUUGAUCAUGGAGUGUUUUUGCCAUCCAGCAUUGUGCUCACAUAGUGAAGUGUACAACUUGAUAAACAUUUAUUGAGUGUCUGCUGUAUACACAUGGGUACUGAGAUAGUGUUUCUACACUUGAGAAGUUUUAAUUGGAACACUGUAUACACUAGAUCAUACUUAGGAUGCUUGGUUUUUGUUUGAAUUUUGUGUUUUCCCAUAAAUAUUUAUUUAACAUCUGCAAUGGUGAAGUUACUGUGUCACGUAUUAUGGUAGAUACCAUGGUAAGGGACAGUUUCUGCUUUUCCACUGCUGAUAAAUAAAUAAUGUAGAUGGUUUGCAUUAUAAUUGCAAUGCAAAACAGAUUGUGGCAUGUAGCAUCAGACAGUUAUAAACAGAGCAUUAUGUGGGUUCGGAAGAGAUCACAUCCAACUGAGUAGACCAAAGAAUACUUUAGGAUAGGUCACUCUUAAGUUUGGUCUUGAUUCAAGUAGGAAAGGAAGGAACGUUUAAGACAGAUUAUAUGACUACACCACGUAUUAGGUCCCUUGACUGGAGAAGAAUAUUACUGAGCUAUUGCAAAUUCGGUAUCUUGAAGUUCUUAUCUACAUUUGCCUUUUCCUUGCCUUACAUUAUUUCCUGCAUUAAUUUAAAAAACAAAGUUUGCUAUUCUAACACAAGUUAACACACCAUAGAAAUGACAAUAGACUUAAACUCACUGUAAUUGUUAUUGGCUGAUAUUUGCACUGCAUUUGGAACCAAUUAAAGGCCUCACUAAACAUUCUUAGGAGGUUAAUAAGGUAAUGGGAGCAAAUUGUAAGAUUCACUUUCCCUCUCAGUGGAUUCAUUUAUAGUAGUCAUGUAAUUUUCUUCAAGUUGCUAACUAAUGUAUUUUUAUUCCAAGCAGGUCUAUAAUAUGGAUUUAGAGCUCGAGGAUUAUCAUAACCAGACGCCUGCCACAGAGAACAACACUGCUGCCCCUGGGCAUCCUGACUUCCCAGUCUGGGAUGACUAUAAAAGCAGUGUAGAUGACUUGCAGUAUUUUCUGAUUGGACUCUAUACACUUGUAAGUCUUCUUGGUUUCAUGGGGAAUCUACUUAUUUUAAUGGCUCUCGUGAGAAAGCGUAACCAGAGUACCACAGUAAACUUCCUCAUAGGAAACCUGGCCUUCUCUGAUAUCUUGGUUGUGUUGUUCUGCUCGCCUUUCACACUGACCUCUGUCUUACUGGAUCAGUGGAUGUUUGGCAAAGUCAUGUGCCAUAUUAUGCCUUUCCUUCAAUGUGUGUCAGUUCUGGUUUCAACUUUAAUUUUAAUAUCAAUUGCCAUCGUCAGGUAUCAUAUGAUAAAGCAUCCUAUAUCUAAUAAUCUAACAGCAAACCAUGGCUACUUCCUGGUAGCUACAGUCUGGACACUGGGUUUUGCGAUCUGUUCCCCCCUUCCAGUGUUUCACAGUCUUGUGGAACUUCAGGAGACUUUUGGCUCAGCGUUGCUGAGCAGCAAGUAUUUAUGUGUUGAAUCGUGGCCAUCUGAUUCGUACAGAAUUGCUUUUACUAUCUCUUUAUUGCUAGUUCAGUAUAUUCUGCCCUUAGUGUGUCUAACUGUAAGUCAUACCAGUGUCUGCCGGAGUAUAAGCUGUGGACUGUCCAACAAAGAAAACAAACUAGAAGAAAAUGAGAUGAUCAACUUAACUCUUCAGCCAUCCAAAAAGAGUGCGCCUCCGGUGAAACUCCCCAGCAGCCGUAAGUGGAGCUCUUCAUUCAUCAAAAAGCACAGAAGAAGAUACAGCAAGAAGAAGGCAUGCGUGUUACCUGCUCCGGCAAGGCCUCCCCAAGACAAUCAUGCAAGCCUGCUCCCAGAACACUUCGGCUCUGUGAAAAGUCAGCUCUUUUCCUCCAGCAAGUCCAUACCAGGGGUCCCCACCUGCUUUGAGGUGAAACCUGAAGAAAACUCGGACGUUCAUGAUAUGAGAGUAAACCGUUCUAUCAUGAGAAUAAAAAAGAGAUCUCGAAGUGUUUUCUACAGACUGACCGUAUUAAUAUUGGUGUUUGCUGUUAGUUGGAUGCCACUACACCUUUUCCAUGUGGUAACUGAUUUUAAUGAUAACCUUAUUUCAAACAGGCAUUUCAAGUUGGUGUAUUGCAUUUGUCACUUGUUAGGCAUGAUGUCUUGUUGUCUUAAUCCAAUUCUAUAUGGAUUUCUUAACAAUGGAAUCAAAGCUGAGUUACUGUCCUUUAUACACUGUCUUCAUAUGUCAUAAUUCUCACUGUUUACCAAGGAAAGAACAAAUGUUGGGACCAUCUAAAAUACAGUCACAAUGACUUUGUGUAUAUUGUAAACAAAUUUUGUUAACUUAUGAAUUAAUUUAUGUAUAAGAGUUUUGAAUUUGAAUGUCAGUUCAUAGUACAUAUAUGGAAGAUGUUUUGUGUUAUAGUACAGUGAAUUCAUUUAGUUGUAUAAAGUCAGUGUCAGUCUAAUCUGUGAUUUCAUUUUAAAAAGUAGUUAUAUUACCUUUUGUUUCCCUUUGUCUUGUAAACAAGUGGAUUGUAAUUUUUGU